AUAGCUCCCUCUCCGUCUUCCGCCUUUGCCAUUUCGGAUUCUCGCCCAGGGGAAAGGGGAUUAUACAAUAUCAAUCUAGCCCACGGAAAGCUAGAUUUUUCUUUUAUCUCAUUAUCCCCCCUCCAGUGGCUUUGUGAAAGAGCCCACUGGCAAAGAUGCCUGACGUCAAGAGGAACAUCAGGCUGGUUACCGAGCAGCGUAUCGCUAACAAAGACUCCGGCGUUGAAGGAUUUCCUCUCCGAUCGUGGUCGAUCGAGGUCUACCUUGUCAACGAACACGGAGAGCAGGUGCCAGCGAAUGUCUUUGACAAGGUGACAUACACGCUGCACCCGAGUUUCGGGGACCGGGCUAUCCAAGCGUUCAAGAAACCCCCAUUCCGAAUCGAAGAGGAAGGAUGGGGUGAAUUCGACAUGCAAAUUGGCCUUUCCGCCGCCGACAAGGAACAUUAUGUGACCCACGAUCUCAACUUUGCGCAGGCGCGCUACGAAUCCAAACAUGUCAUUACAUUUAAAAACCCAAAGCCUGGCCUAUUGGCCGCCCUCCGCGAAUCGGGACCGGUUCCUGGUGAUGAGAACGGGACGAAAUCCAAACGUGCGGCAGGAGGAGACGAAAGCUCCAAGAAGAAGAAGCGGACAGAGAAAAAUGUCGACAUGGACAAGCUGGCAGACGGUCUCCAGCGACUCGGAGAGGACGAUCUCCUCCAAGUUGUGCAGAUGGUGCAUGAUAACAAGGCACCGGACUCGUAUACCAAGAAUGAUGUUGAGCAGGGCGAAUUCCACGUUGAUCUUUAUACCCUACCAGACAAUCUCAUCAAGAUGCUCUGGGAUUUCACACAUGAAAAGGGCGCUUUGUAAACUGGUUUCUCACUGAAAUUCUACCUAUCUACCAUAUCAUUUGCCAUUUUCCAUUUCCAUUGCCGCCUGUGUGAUAUGUACUUUUUUUUCUUUUCUUUCCUUUUGUUUUUUUGAUGGGUGGCUUCUAUACAGAGAGAGUGGGGAAAGCGAAAAAGCGGAACAGGGAAAAAAGAGAAAAGACAACAAAAAAAAAGAAUUCUGACGAUUAUAUCGGCACCUCAACAACCGAUCAGCGGUUCAAUGAAUGAAUACAACGAAAUCAAUCAACCAACGCCAGAAGGGUCUUGAUACGGGAUACAGGGGGAGUAUAUGAUCAAAACAGGAUCAUU